UUCUUUUUCUUUUUAUUUAUUUUCUUCAACAGCUUUGUUGUAGAACAAGAGCAAGCCAUGGUGUGCAUUCCUUGUAUUGUCAUUCCGGUUCUCCUCUGGGUCUAUAAGAAAUUCCUUGAACCGUAUAUCUAUCCUGUUAUUGCACCUUUCAUUAAACGUGUGUGGCCCAAGAAAGCUGUGCAAGAAACAACAGCCACAAAGCAAGGUCAAGGAGUUGGCGCUGGAAAUCCACAGGCACCUUCAGCCACAAAAAGAGAUCAGGAGGAUGAGUCUGGAAUUUAUAAAUUUGAAAGCAAUGGGUUUGCAAAUGGAAUUGCUGCAAAGAGAGACACAGAAGUUUCUGACAAGAAAACAGAUUAAAGGAAUUUAUUCAUAAGGAUUUUAUCCCCAUGUGUCCAAUAUGAACUUGUGAUAUUUCUCUCACUUUGAGACUUUCUUUGCACAUUUCAGCUGAAUGGAAACCCUUAUCGCUUACAGGAGAGGGUCUCUUCUGCCACUAAAAUGGUAGCUAGUAGUUUUCUUAUUUAAACUGUUUGAAAACUAUCUGAAAUUGUUCUUUGUUUUCCUCACUGGAACUACUUUUCUUCUGUAACCUGAUUGGCAUGAUUAGAGUUUAGGUUAAAUAAUUUAUUAAUAAAUUUAGCUUGAGAAGGUAGAUGUGUUGCUUCUUAGUUUCACUGACUGCUAGUGCAGUACUUCAGGCUUUCAUCUUAAGAACUGUAGCUGUUCCUGCCCUUGCUAAAGAACUAUAAAUUGUAUUAUGUCAACAUAAGUAUUAUGGUCAAAUUGUGAAGAAUAUAGAUGAUCCACGUGAAAUCUGUGGGGUUAGGCUAUAUGCAGAAUUCACUUAGCUUGCUACGAGCAGAAAGUCUUGAUCUAAAACUUCCAUUCAUCGUUUUGUCCUUGAAACAUUGUGCCUUUCUUCUCUGAAGAGGAGGCGCAAGGGCAUGAUACAGGAAAAUGGUUGCUUUGUAUUCUGUUGCAGUGGUUUAAAAUGGUGCAGUUCUGUGUCAUAAAAAAUAGCUGAAAUCUUGUUAACAUGCUUGUAUAACUUGAAUUAUAAUAAACCGGGAUUUUAUUUAAAAGUAA